AGCUUCCGGGUUGGCUCGCGAGCGGCUUUGCAAGGGGCUGGUCCCGAUCCCCGGAGUCCGGGCCGGCCGCGGGAUGCCCGCGCGUAGCGGGACCCAGCUUUCCCGCAAACUGGGGCAAAAAAAGCAGCGACCUUUGGAGGCAGAUGGAGCCCAAACACCUUCCCCAAAGGAGCCCCGCCUGGGUCUGCCCAAGACCCUGGAUCCCCAGCGCAGUAUCUAUUUCUCGAGCCCAAAAGACCAAGCUGCUCGACUGGGAUUAGACUUUUUUGACCAGCCCGCAGUCCCCCUGGCCCGGGCAUUUCUAGGACAGGUCUUGGUCCGGCGACUCAACGAUGGCACAGAGCUCCGUGGCCGCAUUGUGGAGACUGAGGCAUAUUUGGGGCCGGAGGAUGAAGCUGCUCACUCAAGGGGUGGCCGGCAGACCCCCCGCAACCGCGGCAUGUUCAUGAAGCCAGGGACCUUGUAUGUGUACCUCAUCUACGGCAUGUACUUCUGCAUGAAUGUCUCCAGCCGAGGGGAUGGGGCAUGUGUCCUGCUGCGAGCACUGGAGCCCCUGGGGGGCCUGGAGACCAUGAGGCAGCUUCGCAGCACCUACCGGAAAGGCAGUGCCAGCCGAGCCCUCAAAGACCGUGAGCUCUGCAGUGGCCCUUCCAAGCUCUGUCAGGCCCUGGCCAUCGACAAGAGCUUCGACCAACGAGACCUGACUGAGGACAAAGCUGUGUGGCUAGAGCACAGCCCCCCAGGGCCCAGGGAGCCAGCUGUGGUGGCGGCAGCCCGAGUGGGUAUUGGCAACGCAGGAGAGUGGGCCCAGAAGCCCCUGCGCUUCUACCUCCAGGGCAGCCCCUGGGUCAGUGUGGUAGACAGAGUGGCUGAGCAGGGCACACAGGUCUGAACAAGGGCCUGCUCAGGACAGGCUUUUUUAAUUGUUUAAAAACCAAAUAAAUGCUUCACUUCU